GACCCCAAGCACGCUUAAAGGGAUGACGAACGAACGAACGAACGGACAAAUAAGCACAAACACAUGCUGUCUCGACCUGUGGCGCGUCAGGACAGUUUACACAUGUACAUCCUCUCCAUGCUUUAAUAUGUGUACGAAUCAGAACUGCCCAUACCUAUGGAUGUGCACAUGCGCAUAUAUCGAGCAAAAUGGUCUGCAUAAGGUUGUAUGCACUUACCCUGCAUCGUGCUCCUGAUCCUCAUAUCGCCUGAACCCUUGUGAUGCUGUAGAUGGAUCGUCAUACCUGACAUGUUUCAUAUCACCCAAGGCGUAUGCGUUUUCGAUAUGAUUCAUUACCCUAUCGGCGUCUGUGACGGCCCGAAAUAUGACCAACACAAACUGGAGAAGGUGAAGGUAGAUCGGCCGUCCACGUCUGCCCGCCUCACUUCCUACCUUGCCGCUCCAGCGAUAAGGAGCAGACUUCCCCCGGCCUGACCGAUCGCACCCAUGGUGGGUCCCAGAGUCAUGAGGCCCUCAAGGAUGUAGAGGACACCUCGGCCUCGGAGGUCUCCUGGGAAUAAUGAUGUGAGCAGACAGUCUGAGUUAGACGACUGUACCCUACUUACGGACCCAUAAAAGGCAGGACAGUCAUUAGUUUGUUCAGACCGAAGGGGCUGACUUCGCAUACCUGCAUUCGAACAGCGAAGUCGAACCAAUCAGGCAGUUGACUUUGUCAAUCGGGGUACUCACCACAUUGACAAGGCCCAAGGUGAAUAUGUAUACACACAAGAUACCCAUGGUGUAGGAAACGCCGUAGACCAGCGCCAUCACGGCAGAAAGGGAGAAGAGUACCUGAAACAGACGACGCCUUUCAAUCUGAUCAACUUUCAAUCCCAUUGGGUGUGAUUCCGAAUCACCGAGCCUCCAAGAGUCACGAUCUUCAAUGCGAAAGGCGCGUACUCCUGGGGAAAGACACACGCAACAGAUUCAGGGGUAGACAGGGGGACGGUUCACGGUCUCACGAAGAUCUGCUGAAUGCCGUCGCUCAUGCUCUAUCACGGAACUGUCGGCAGCAGUGUGCCGAACUUUUUUUAAUCGAACUUGCGUUGUUGCCGAGUUGGU